UCGAGCAGCAGUGAAAAAAAGUCGACGUCGGCAUGUAUUUGCGAUAGACCUCAAGCGGUGAUAAAAUGUUCCGUCUGUGGCAUGACGUUCCAAGGCCGUGUUAGGCUACCGUGCGAGGCACAUCCCAGAAGGAUCAAUCUGAUGGACACACGGUUCUGUCCGAAACUGGGCUGCAACAGCGAUCGGCUCAUUGAAUUGGAUGUCUCCAGUCCUCGAUGA